UAAUGAAUUAUUAAUUCAUGGUCUGCCCUUGGUGCAAAAGAAGUGUAGGUUUCUUAAGUUGUUGUACUUGCCAUAAAAAAUAUGAUUUAGUUAUCUGCAAUGGAUUGUCAGUGAAUUGCCCAUUAUGUAUAGAUGUAUAAUAUACAUUCUAUUUAUGGUAGUGUAAAUUGGAUACCUACUAUCAGAAUGAUGAAGACUUAUUAGUACAUUAGUAAUGCCAUAGAAAUUAUAAACGGAUGUUUUAUCAUUGUUAAUGUUGCAAGGGUUAUUUUUGCAAUUGUGUGUAAGACUUUUAAAUGAGUUUUAGAGAAAAAUAAUUGAAAAAAUAAAUAAUUUUAAAUCCAUGUCCAUGUUCUAAAAACAAAAAAUGA